AUGAUAAGCCCUCAAGUCUCUAAUAUUGCAGUGAUGCUGCUAAUGAUGCAAGCAUCACGUAGAAUUGAUAUGGAAAAUGAACAAACUAUUCUUUAUAUUCGUAUUGCUUACGUCGUCUCCAUUGCUACUUCUUAUUUGAUCUAUAUGCUAAUCAAGAGAAAGAUUGUCCUUGCUAACGAUGAAACUCCUGUUAAAAUCGUCUCUGCUAAGAAUCCAAUGAAACCACAAGAACCACAAACUACUGAAAUUAUCUCCACAAAGGAUUAUGAUUUGAGAGAAGUGGAUUCUGCUAUGAAAUCUAUCCUAAGUGGUAUGGCUAUGAUGGCUUUCAUGCAUUUAUACAUGAAAUAUACUAACCCAUUGUUCAUGCAAACUAUUAACCCAAUUAAAGGUGCAUUGGAACAUAAUGAAGCAAAAAUUCAUCUUUUCGGUAACAAAGCUGAAGGUGACUUAAAGAGACCUUUCAAGACUGUCGGUCUAUUGGAUGGGUUGAUGGGUAACACCGCUGCUGCAAAGAAGGAAGAAACUGAAGAUCAAAUUGUCGAAGCUGCUUCAACUUCUGCUACUACUACUGGUACCUCUAACAGAAUCGAAGAAUUAAACUAG